GAAUUUUUUUGGUUCUUUCAUGUGUUUUGAUGCUCGGAGAAUGUCUUCAGAUAAGUUAUUCUUAUCCAAGUACUUAUAUAGUACAAGUUCCUAGAGGACUGGAUGUCCAUGUUGUGUUAGGAAGUAAGGUGUUGAUAAAUAACCGUACCUUGUACAAGAUCCUUUCCACUUCCUUAUUUCCUCCAGUGAAUAUAGCAACCGAUAUUCCAGAUUGUAGAGAAUCCGGUUUUGAAGAAACUAUUUUGAAAGCAAAUGAUACUUUACUGGAUACAAGUUUCAUACCCAGUUUGUGUGCAUUAGAAAAUGUUUCGUUGAUAGAAGGAAGAGUCUAUGAGUCUGUUCAAGGAGGUCAUCGUAUUCAGUUUCAAGGGUAUUUAGAAGAAAACUCGUUGGAUCGUUUUUUGCAAGAUGACGCUCCUGCUUCUUUCCUCAGUCAGAUAGGACAAGUCCGACCGAGAGUUUAUCGUUCGUUUGAUAGUUUUGGUUUACNCGUGGUGACAAUACCUGAAGUUGUCCACAAAGCCAGAUGUUUGGUUAUUGGUGGAGGUGGUGCAGGUGGCACCGCUUUUGGAGACACAACUGUAGCGCCUGGAGAUAAAUUGAAAGUGUAUGUUGGUAAAGGUGGAAGUGGUGGCAACCUAGGCUGUGGAGGAGGAGACGGAACGUUUUCGGGCUUUGUCAGGUUGUCUGGUGGCGAUUGUAGAGAUGGGAACCCUGGCAGUACAAGUGGUCCGGGUAGUGGUGGUACCGUUGGUGGUGCAGGUGGACGCACUGUAAAAGAAGAAGGUUCUGGAAGUAAUGGAGCUGCUUCACAAGGUGGUUCCGGUGGCAAUCCAUACGAGUACGAGUUGUAUAACAAUGGAGAAGGAGGCAUAUGAGGAAGUUAUUUUGGAGAUGUUGGUCAACCUGGCAAAGCUGGUCUGAUUCACGUUAUUUUUGAGCCUUCUUCAUCUGUCAUGGAUAUAGAACAUUUUCGGAAAGAGUAUGAAAAACUUGCUCAACGCUGCCGUUUUUUUUGGUUAUUGCAGGUGGUCUCUCACAUUUAUAUGAGACUCCUGAUGAAUACUACACUGAAGCCGUCUCCAAUAUAUAGAUGGACAUCGGUGUUGUUUUGUGGUAUAUUGUUUGCUUAUUCCUCAAAAUAUUCGAGUGUUUGUUGUAUGAGACAGCUUUACGACUGCUUUGACUCUUUUUGUGGAUCUACUCUGGACAGCACAUAACGCGAAUCUUUUAUUUAGGACCUGAAACGAAAGAAUAAAAGUUUCGUGAAAGAUAUUAUCAUGGUAAAAUAAGCACUUUUUCAUCAGAAAACUGCGAACCCUUUGAGAUUUGGCAAAGUUAUCUAUAUCUUCAAUGAAAUGCUUACCACAUAUUGCUAAUUGGUUUUGCAACUCACAGUUACAAACUGUAUUUUAGAAAGAAUUUUUUUUGGUUUUGACUAUGUCAAAUUCAAAAGAAAAUUCCUGCCAUAAAGAACCUAUUUGAAUGAGAAAGUUUGGCUUUUGUAUAUUGAUUAUGCAGUAUUUAUAUCGAGUUGAAAACUACGUUGAUAGCACAAGUUACGUUAUUGU